AUGCAGGCCGUCUCGCGCCCCAUCGCCCGCGCUGUCCCCAGCAACGUCCGCCGCGCCGCCGCCCUUUCCACCUGGUCCGCCGUCCCCGCUGGCCCGCCCGAUCCUAUUCUCGGCGUCACCGAGGCGUUCAAGGCUGACCAGGACACACGCAAGAUUAACCUGGGUGUCGGCGCGUAUCGCGAUGGCAAUGGCAAACCCUACGUGCUCAGCAGCGUGAAGAAGGCCGAGGAGUUCAUCACCGCGUCCAACCCCGACCACGAAUACCUCCCCAUCAGCGGCCUCCCAGAGUUCACCAAGGCCGCCGCCAAGCUCGCAUAUGGCGCGGACAGCAAGCCCUUCAGCAGCAACGCGGUCGCAGUCGUGCAGUCCAUCUCGGGCACGGGUGCCCUCAGGAUCGGCGGUGCCUUCUUGCAGCGCUUCUUCCCCCAUGCAAAGACGAUCUACAUUCCGAACCCUUCCUGGGGCAACCACACCGCCGUCUUCCGCGACUCGGCUCUCGAGGUCAAGCAGUAUCGCUACUUUGACAAGAAGACCGUCGGUCUCGACUUUGAGGGCAUGAAGGCGGACCUCAAGGCCAUGCCGGUCAACUCGAUCGUGCUCCUUCACGCGUGCGCGCAUAACCCGACAGGUAUAGACCCGACGCCGGAGCAGUGGGUCGAGCUCUCCUCGAUCAUCGCGGAGAAGCAGCUUUUCCCCUUCUUCGACAUGGCAUACCAGGGCUUCGCGUCAGGCUCGACGACGCGCGAUGCGUUUCCGGUACGCCACUUUGUGAAAGAGGGUCAGCAGGUCGCGCUCGCGCAGUCGUUCGCGAAGAACAUGGGUCUCUACGGCGAGCGCGUCGGUGCGUUCUCGCUGAUCGCGGCGGACGAGGACGAGAAGAAGCGCCUGGAGAGCCAGCUGAAGAUCGUCAUCCGCCCGAUGUACUCGAACCCCCCGCUGCACGGUGCACGGAUCGCGAGCGCGAUUCUUAACAGCCCGGAGCUGUAUUCAGAAUGGGAGACGGAGGUGAAGGGCAUGGCGGACAGGAUCAUCUCGAUGCGUGAGCGUCUCUAUAACAACCUGGUUGCGCUGAAGACCCCGGGAGAGUGGGGACACAUCAAGAGCCAGAUCGGCAUGUUCAGCUUCACGGGUUUGACGACACCGCAGACGCAAGUGCUCGCGCAGAAGGCGCACAUCUACAUGACCGCCGAUGGACGUAUCUCGAUGGCGGGCCUGAACGCGCACAACAUCGACUAUUUCUCGGAGAGCGUGAGCAAGGCUGUCAAGAACGAGCUCUGA